AUGUCAUUAAUCGAGGCGGUUCAGAUUAAAGCUGUAGAAACUGGAUCGAAGAAGUUCUCGGUCGAGCUCACACCAAUAACACAACAGUCUAGUCCACGAAGUAUCUAUGAGACAGUAAAUGAGAAUGCUUCUUUAUCGGAUCCUUCACCCCCGAAUCCCUUUACUCCCAAUAUCCAGAGUCCUCCAAUUGCCGACUCAAUAGCUCCAUUCACUAGCAUUUCGUUGGAUAGCCCGCGUCGACAAAAGAUCCGGCAAUCACUGAAAUAUAGUAAUUGUGAUCUUGAAUCGUCUUGGUGGGGUGAUAAUAGCCAAAAGAAUCCAGGAGCUUCGGAUACCAUUAAACGGAGACAUUAUUCUCAUGCGUCAUCCUCUGCCUCCUCCACUUUUUAUCCCCACUCACUCUCCAAAUCCACGAAUCCCAUGGGUAAUUCGGCGCGAACUUGUCAGGACCAAAGAGCACCCUGUCCACCUUUGCGCGAGAACCAGAAGAUCAAUCCCUUCUCCCAGAAAUUGCGUAGAAGUUGA